UGGGGAACGCUUCGUGUGACAUGAACAUGAUUUUAAUUCGGUGCUAUAGGCUAUGUAUGCAAAGCUUAAUUAACGGGCAGUCUUAUUAAUGACACUUGCAUAAUUGCACAAGGGCUAAUUAUUGUGGUGAUAUGUCAUAUGGGUAUUGUGUCAACUUUAGCAUUUGCCCGUAGGUAGGUUUCUUGGUAUGCCCGCGGCUCAAAAGGUCACAGCAUACGUUGAUAGCUUCAUACCAAUAGGCUAUAAAGCAAUUUAGGCAGGUCUAUAUUAGUGGGUUUGCUGUCUUAUGCGGGGAUCAAAUGCGGUUAAGCCUUGGUAUUGGGUAUGCGAUUCGGGUCCAUCACUAUAAUAUCGCAGCCUGAUGCUCUGCACUCGCAGUAGCAUAGCAGCGGCAGCUACCGCGCACAUAGCGACGCGAAGCACGACCUAAUGACUUCUGCUGCCGAACGCCUUUACCUUACAGAGGAGCAACAGCAGCAAGAGCCAAACCCUGCACCUCUAGAGCAGCACUCGAGCGGUGGCCAGGGCGCCUUUCCCAGUCAAGCUACAAAUGCAGACCCCAGCAGUAGCAGGCGUCACAGUGGCGGCUACGAUCCCGCUCGGCAGCUUUCACGGCUCGCAAGUGGCGAGGGGCGGGCCAGCAGGGAUGCCAACCCGCCUGAAGCCCUAGCCGCCCUUCCCUCAGCCCAGCCCGCUCCCUCCACUAGCCGCAGAAAUCUCGCUGCCUCCCCCAGCCCUGCACCUCCGCCGGCCCCACUGCCGCCCCCCGCACCCCGGAGACCGGACUCCAGCCAGCUGCUGCUGCUGCCUGCCUCCCGCCCCACCUCAGCAGCCGCCGACCCGCACCCGGACGGACGGCGAGGCGGCAGUCGCACCGCUGACGGCUCAACGGCUGCGGACGCGCCGUCCACAUCAGGAGGCAGCGAUGCGGCCGCCGAUGCUGGGGGGGCUCCGGCGCCGCAACAGCAGUCGCCGCCGCUGCCCGGACGAGCCGUCAGCUGGCAGCCGCCGUUAGCCGCCAGUCGAGCCGUGCGGUUCUCACCCGGCGACUCACAAACAGGGUCGCCAGCCGCAGCGGGAGCGGGCGCAGGGCUAGGGCACCUGCCGCCUGUGUCCCGCGGGUCGCAGCUGCCGCCGCUGCGGCACGCCAGCGACGGCGUCUUCUUAGCGACGGGCAGCGGAAGUCAUUCCUUUGCGGCAAGGCCAGUCCUGGGGUCUUCGGGUCUUCUGCAGCCGGCAGCAGCUGACGCAGGGGCCCGCAGCGUGCAGCAGCAACAAGCCCUGCGCAGCAUCAGUGGCGAUGAUCUGCCGGUAAGACAAGCCAGGGCUGGCGAGGGGGACGCCGCCACUGAUUCGGACGGCUCUCAGCUGCAGCAGCAUGGCGGGACGCAGGAAGCAGCGUCCCAAGCUGGAGGGAGAGCUGGUAGUAAGCACGCUGGGGAGGGAGGAGGUGCGGACUGCAGCUCUGAGACUGGGCGAACGUCCAACAUGAACCAUGGCAGCAACCGAAGCAGCAGCAGCGGCGGCGGCUCGCAUGCGGCAGGGAAUGGGUCCGGACGCUUUCCCAUCCUGCGUGCGGCGGACCUAGCGCCGCCGGUGCCGCUGCCGGGUGCAACUUGGGACCUGGAGCUGCGGACUGCACUGGCGCGAGCAGCCGUCGAGAAUGCGGCCCAGAUGGCCGGGGGCGGUGAGUCGGCCGAGCCGGACUUUGGCUAUUCGCGAGUGGUCUCGGAGCAUUACCAGCAGCAGCAGCAGCAGCAGCUGAGGCGGCAGCAGCAGGAGCAGGAGCGGGAGCAGCAGGGACCAACAGACGUGUCAGCGCUGGUGCGGCCGGCUUCGCCCCGGCAGCAGCCUCCGCAACACCCGCAGCAGCACCACCAGCAUGCAGUCACGGAUGACGGCAGCAACAUCGAGCGGUACGGCAGCGGCGGUGGCAGUGGCGGUGGUGGGAGCGACGGCAGCAUACACGGCACCCGCUCGCCCUCCCCGGCUGGGGCUGCCUCGCUGGCUGCCCGGCCGCCCCGUCCCCCCGCCGCCGCUCCUCGCAGUCUCCGCAGCGCGCUGAAGGCUUCCAGCAGCCCAUGCAUGGCGGCAGGGGCGGGGGCAGCAGGGGCAGGGGCGGCGAGUGCAACCACGACUGGCAGCGAUAGCGGUGCCGGUACCGAGGGGACGGCCGAGCAGCAACCCCGGCCUGCUGCAGCAGGUGACACUCCCGCCGCUUCUUCCGCUUCACCCUCCCAUCACCACCAUCACCAUCAUCAUCCCCACCACCACAAGCAGGCCCCGCAGCGCCACCACUCCGCCACCAGUCACCCGGGUGCCGCUGUCAGCGACCAGCCUCACCGCUCACUCCCCCCUCCACAGCGCCUAGCCAGUGCCCCCAUCACCACCACCAACACCACCUCCGCCACGCCUGCUGCCCCCGGCUCACCGCUCUUUACCGCGCGCCGCGGCUUCUUCACCUCACGCACCGCCGCCGCCUCCUCCGACGGCAACGCAGCCUCCGCCUCCGCCUCCGCCCCCCUGGACCUCUCCCACGCCGAGAGUGUGGACAUCCGCAUCCACUGCAUCACCUUCAACAUGGGCGGCACCACGCCCCCCGCCGCAGCCCUGCCCGACACCCUCUUCACCGGCUCCUGCCUGGCCCCCGACUCGGCCGCCGACGCGCCCGAGCUGUACGUGGUUGCCACCCAGGAGAGCGGCUCCCUUUCGGAGUGGGAGGCGGCGGUGGGCGCGCACCUGGGCCGGCGCUACUGCCGUGUGGCGGCGGAGAGCCUCAUGGCCAUCCACAUCCUGUUGUUUGCGGUGCGGCCGCUGGCUGCUCACAUCCGGGAGGUGCGGACGAGCUCCGUGGCGACGGGAGUGGGCAACGUGCUGGGGAACAAGGGCGGCGUGGCGAUCACGUUCAAGCUGGCGGGGGCGCAGGUGCUGCUGGUGGGCUCGCACUUCGCGGCGCACGACCAGCACGUGGAGCGCCGCAACGCGGACUUCCACCGCAUCUGCGCGGGGCUCUUCGCACCACCACUACCCACACCGCCACCACCCACACCGCCCCCUGCUGCCGCCACCGCUGCCUCCACUCCGCACCACGCGAAGCCCCCGCUGCCGCCAUCCUCCCUGCAGCAGCAACAACAGCAAGGCCCGGAUGCGGUACAUGGCACCGCCGCAUGCCAGCAGGGUUCCCCCGGGAACCCCCCACCGGGCGAUGGCCCCGCUAGCGCUGGCCUCAGCGCGGCUGGCAGCAGCCGGCGCCAGCACCUGCUCAGCGGCCCCACUCUGAGCCGCUUCAGCAGGGGCAGCCCCUCGGGGCUCAGCGGGGGAGCGGGUGGGGGCGCGGGUGGUUCGGGUGCGGAGUCGGAUUCCGGUGUCAAGGCCAGCCGGGGCGCGUCCUCCCGCACGCUGCUGCGGACGCUGAGCGGCACCUCCACCGCCUCCUCCUCGCAUGCUAGCAGUGGAGCGGCAGCGGGCGCCCUCCUGCGCGACUCUCCCUCCUCCCACUCCGGCGGCUUCUGGAGCGGCUUGUCGCUGGCUGCAGCCCAGCGGCGCAGCUCGGCGCUGCUGGCUCACUUUGAUGUGGUGCUGUGGAUGGGCGACCUGAACUACCGCAUCGCCGGCAACCCGGAGGUGGUGCAGUACGCCAUCUCGCACAACAUGGUGGAGGUGCUGGCAGCAAACGACCAGCUGCGGGCGCAGCAGCGCAAGGGCAAGGUGCUGCAGGGAUUCGCGGAGAUGCCCAUCGCCUUCGCGCCCACAUUCAAAUUCCACACGGGCACGGACGACUACAACCUCAAGCGCACCCCCGCCUGGACAGACAGGGUGCUGUACCUGACGCACGCGGAUCCGCGGUUUGCGGACCUGCAGCCGCUGUACUACAUGUCGGUUCCGGAGCUGCGGACGAGCGACCACAAGCCGGUGAUCGCGGGGUUUGAGCUGUCGAUUAGUCCGCAGCAUGCGGCGGGCAGCAAGCAUACGGCGCAUAAGGGCUGCGUGAUUUGCUGAGGGGAGGCGAGUGGCGGUGGUUGUGGUUGUGGUGGUGGUGUAGUUCAAUUAAGCCGUGGGGAGAAACCCUGUUGUGAGCUCUGGAAGAGCGGAGGUUGGUGCAGGGUUUGCGGAAGAGGGAGGAGGCGAUUGCUUUAAGAAGCAGGAAGAUGUAUGUACGGUAUGUAUGAGGGAGCGUUACUGCUGGAGAUGGAGUUACAGGUUCAGCGCUGCAAUAAAUUGCGCUGAAGACCUCUUGUUGUGAGGCCGAUUUGUACAAGGGUAUGGACAAGGGUGUGAGGCCGAGCGGAUGCCACCUGGGCAUACAAUGCAUAAACAGCAUUAUACUAGUUGCAUGCGUGUGACUUUCUAAUGCCCGAACAUGGGUCCGUUGCGCUCAUGAUGAAAGUGCAUUAAUAGCUUACUCCAAGGGGCCGCAGCAGGCGUAGCGUGAAGGUGUUAAGCCGAUAGGGUAAUGCCGCGCUUGGGGCGUGCAGUUGGUGCAGUCAGCCGUACAACCGGCCGUUAAGGAAGUUGAGAAGCCGAAGGAGAGGCGAACGAUGCUGUUUGCCGUCCAUAUGUAAGGUAGUACAGGGUGAACCUACGUCGCGGUGGCCUACGUUCUUGUCAACUUGACAUAUGCGAAGUACCUGGCUUUUAGUGAUCUUAGCUUGGGCCUCAGGCUCAGCAGCUGUGAACUAUGUCUUUGAUGAGUAUCUGUUUAGUAAGGACACAUGGGAAAGCUGGAAGCUAGAGAAUCCUCUUGAGGGGUUCAACCCAUCGGACCUCCUUCAACACGCCAAGGAGUCAUAUCCAGGCUAUGAAUUAACGGAGUUUAACUCCUUAGAUGGGCCUAAGCGUCGCCUUGUUGGAGCUCAGAAGCCAGGAGUGAGCCUGGGCCUCGGCUCAGGCAUCGAGCCAGUUGAGGAUGCGGGCAUGUUGGAGCACGCCGCUAAGGCAGUUCAGUGCACGACAUGUCAUGUGCUGCUGUCCGUGAGCUGGGAGCGGCUCACAGGCGAGCUGCUGGGUGGCGAGGAGGUGACUCCGCAGCUGGUGCGCUCGCGACUGGAGGAGGCGUGCGACAAGGAGGCCCUGGACACCGCCCUGAGGCGCUACUCCAUCCUGCAGGUGGAGAGCAGCAGCGGGGGUGGUGGUGGAGGGGGAGGCGGGGCCAGCCUGCUUGUGUUUGUGGUGCGGGAGCGGAAGGGCGAGCUGGCAGGCAGUUCGGCAACGGAGGUGGAGGAGGCGGCGGUGGCGCAGGCGUGCAGGGCCCUGCUGUCCGAGUCUGAUGGCGAGCUGGUGGGGGCGCUGAUGGAGCAGCUGGCGCACUACCGCCGGGAGGCUCUCCGGCUGCUGGUCAAGCACGACCGCGACGGCGGCAACCAGCAGCAGCAGCAGCAGCAGCCCCUGACUGGGGCUGCUGGCGGCGGGGGCAGCGGCGGGAGAAGUGGCAGUGGGGUUAAGGGCAUCAGCGGGGGCAGCGGCAGCAGCGGUCGGUUACCGCGUCUUAACGGCGGCGGGGGCAGCGGCGGGGAUGAUGAGGGUGACGAGUAUGUGGACCCGGAGGAGUUGGAUGAGGCAGGGGAGGUCAGGGUGGGAGCGGGCGGGGCAGGGGCGGCGGGGGAGGGGGGAGGAGGAGGCAAGGGAGCGGCGGCGGCGGCGAGUGGGAGCCAGCCGGGCAAGGAGCAGGCGGUGGUUCACGGCCUGAUUGUGAAGGCCGCCCCCGGCGAGGGCGAGUGCGGCGACCUGCACCCCAGGUGCGGCGAGUGGGCGGCGCGCGGCGAGUGCGAAGCCAACCCCAACUACAUGGUGGGGUCGGCGCUGCACCGGGGGCACUGCCGCAAGUCCUGCGGCAUAUGCAAGCCCCCCGCCGACUCCCUGCCCUCCACCUCCCCCGCCCUGGCUGCCGACCUGGACGCGCUGUCCUCCGCGCUGCUGCUGGCCGCUCGCAACCUGGGCUGCGGGGCCAGUGCGGCGUGCCU